GAAUCCCCUGUGCUUGUCCUCCAAGCCUGUGGACCUCAGAAGCUGAGCAAGACCUGACUGCUAAACGUGCAGAAGGAGGACCCCUGAGGAUCCUAAAAUAGGAUGAAGAUUCUAAUUUUCUUGCCUGUCACCUUCUUUGCUUGCCUGUUGUCUGCUGACGCACACAAGCCAAGAUACCGCAAACCUCAUCAUAGUUUUAAAGUUCUUAAACAAAGAAGUCCUGGACAGCUAAGAGAUGUUCUACACCAGCAAAGCAGCAGACAGCCAACAAAAUUUCAGGGGCCUCUUAUACUUCCUCGUGGUCCCCGGGGUCAUCUUGUUCCGCACGGUUUCCAUGGUUCUAAUAUCCCCAGACCCCUACAGCCUCUGCCACCUCCUCGCCCGCUCCGCCCCCGCCGCCCUCUGCUCCCGCAGUCUCUGCCAUCCGGAUUCCUGCCGUACCCCAGCGCUGCAGUUCACGCUGGUGCCCAAGCACAGCCGGCCCCUUCUGCGCCCACUCCCACAGCUGCCACCGUGGCCACUGCCACUGCUGCUGGCAGCAAAUCCACAGGUGUGAUGCCCAGCGCUGCGCCUUCCAGCACCCUCCAACCUGAGCCCACAGCCAGUGCUACAGGGGCGGCCACUACCCCAGCCACAGAGACCAGCACUCCAGUCACAGAGGUCACCACCCCAGUCACAGGGGCAGCCACCACCCUGGCCACGGGGGCUAAAACCUUGACGGGCACAGGGGCCGCCACCCCGGCCACAGGGGCUGCCACCCCAGUCACAGAGGCAGCCACCCCAACCACAGGGGCCGCCACUGCAGUCACAGGAGCAGACAUCACCCCAGCCACAGGGGUCGCCAUGACAGUCACAGGAGCAGCCACCACCCCAGCCACAGGGGCCGCCACUGCAGUCACAGGAGCAGCCACCACCCCAGCCACAGGGGUCGCCAUGACAGUCACAGGAGCAGCCACCACCCCAGCCUCAGGGGCCGCCAUGACAGUCACAGGAGCAGCCACAGGGGCCGCCAUGACAGUCACAGGAGCCACCACCCCAGCCACAGGGGUCGCCAUGACAGUCACAGGAGCAACCACCACCCCAGCCUCAGGGGCCGCCAUGACAGUCACAGGAGCAGCCACCACCCCAGCCUCAGGGGCCGCCAUGACAGUCACAGGAGCAGCCAUCACCCCAGCCUCAGGGGCCGCCACUCCAGCUGCACAGCUGGAAGAGCGGUAGUAAAUUCUACAACUGAGAUUAAAGUACACCAAACCAGGAACUGGUGAUUUAGCUCAACGGCAUAGCACCUGCUUAGCAAGA